GGACGCGCGAGAGCCCCGCACCCGGCUGAAGCUCUCGGCGGCUCCGGGGGCGGCUCGCCAUCUUCUCCAAACGCUCGGUUUGCUAGGGCUACUGUGACAAAGUACCACAGACUGAAUGGCCUAGACAACAGAAAUUUAUCACAUUUCUGGAGGCUGGAAGUCCAAGAUCAAGAUGUCGGCAAGCCUUCAUGCAGGAUGUGGUGUUCUCUGCUCCUUUGGGAAUGUCUGUGGCUCCUGGCUGCUGAUGCGCACGAUGAUGACUGGAUUGACCCCACAGACAUGCUUAACUAUGAUGCUGCUUCGGGAACAAUGAGAAAAUCUCAGGUGAAAUAUGGUAUAUCAGAGAAAGAAGAGGUCAGUCCUGACUUAUCUGCUGAUGAAUUGUCAGAAUGUUACAGCAGACUUGAUUUUUUAGCUCAUAAGAUUGAUGAGUGUGAAAAGCAGAAGAGAGAAGACUAUGAAAGUCAAAGCAAUCCUGUUUUUAGGAGAUACUUAAAUAAAAUUUUAAUUGAAACCAGAAAGCUUGGACUUCCUGAUGAAAACAAAGGUGAUAUGCAUUAUGAUGCUGAGAUUAUCCUUAAAAGACAAACCUUGUUAGAAAUACAAAAGUUUCUCAAUGGAGAGGAGUGGAAGCCAGGAGCCUUGGAUGAUGCACUAAGUGAUAUUUUAAUUAAUUUUAAGUUUCAUGAUUUUGAAACAUGGAAGUGGCGAUUUGAAGAUUCCUUUGGAGUUGACCCAUAUAAUGUAUUGAUGAUGCUUCUGUGUCUGCUCUGCAUCGUGAUGUUAGUAGCUACUGAGCUGUGGACGUAUGUUCGUUGGUACACCCAGCUGAGACGUGUUUUAUUCAUCAGUUUUCUCAUCAGUUUGGGAUGGAAUUGGAUGUAUUUAUAUAAGCUAGCCUUUGCCCAGCAUCAGGCCGAAGUUGCCAAGAUGGAUAACAAUGUGUGUGCUGAGAAGAUGGACUGGACUGGAAGUCUCUUGGAAUGGUUUCGAAGUUCAUGGACCUAUAAGGAUGACCCAUGCCAAAAAUACUAUGAGCUCUUAUUAGUCAACCCUAUUUGGUUGGUCCCACCAACAAAGGCAUUAGCAGUUACAUUCACCAACUUUGUCACAGAGCCAUUGAAGCAUAUUGGAAAAGGAACUGGGGAAUUUAUUAAAGCGCUCAUGAAGGAGAUCCCAGUGUUACUGCACAUUCCCGUGCUGAUAAUUAUGGCAUUAGCUGUCCUGAGUUUCUGCUACGGUGCUGGAAAAUCAGUUAAUAUGCUGAGACAUGUGGGUGGUCCUGAAAGAGAACCACCCCGGGCACUUCAGCCAGGUGAAAGAAGACAGCAGCAGGAAAUUGAUUAUAGACCCCAUGGUGGAGCAGGUGAUGCAGAUUUCUAUUAUAGGGGUCAAAUUAGCCCCAUUGAGCAAGGCCCUAAUGACAAAACAUAUGAGGGUAGAAGAGAUGUUUUGAGAGAGAGAGAUGCUGACUUGAGAUUUCAGACUGGCAACAAGAGCCCUGAAAUGCUUCGGCCACUUGAUUUACCAGAUGCAAAGCAUAAAUCACCUAUUUUGGCUACAAAGCCCAAAGAGAUUGGUGGAAUCUCAGGAGAAAGCACACCAACAGAAAGCAGUACUGAAAGCCCUGUCUCUGACCAAAAGAUAUCAGAGAGUGUGGAAGGUUCCCCUGCAGUGGAAAAGGCCCAGCUCAGGACUGAUGCCACAGCUGGCCUAGAGGAAGGCAGCACAUCCAGCCCAGAAAGUACUGCGAUGGGAGUGUGUGGAAAGGAUCCAGACAGCAGCCCAUGUGUCUAAAGGAACACAGACAUGGACCACAGCUCUGAGGUUGUCUUUGAGUUUUGUAAAGUAUACUCUUCACAGCUAUUUCCUCUUCUCUACAAAUAUUCUCAUAUUUACUACACAGGUGCCAACUUAAACAUCAAUAUUUUUACUGACAAUCAGAAUUAACAAGCACGCAUGUAUCUCUGUUAAAUUUCAUCUUUCUUUGAUAUUAAGAUGCAUCCUAUAAGGUUCUGAAGUGUUAAUUUUGGAACAGGAUCUCAUAGAUGAACAUAUGGCAAGCAUUAAUGAUUUUGAAUAAUUAAAGAGGCCAGUUUGAAUUAGGGGACAUCUAUUCUUUACAGGCAUAUAUAGGAACCAACUCACCAAAGUGUGUGUUGCCUUGUGGAAGUCUAUGAUACCUACUUUAGUUAACAGAAUUAAUUGUUAGUUGUGCAUUGGACUCAAUGUUUCUAAAAGUGGUAGGUACUCAAAAACAACACUUAAAGGAAGUCACUGUAGUCAGGUUUACCCUCUUCAUGCACUUCAGCCUUUUAGUGCAGCCAUGGAGUCUGCAUCACCAGUGUCAAUCUGCCUCGUGUAGGCUGCCCACAGAUCAACCUUCAUCUCUCAAUUCUUACUGCUGUUACUGGGCCUGUUUCCUUAUCACCCCUUUUUACUUUAUCCUUAGCUAAAACAGAAUGGAAGAUUGUCAGGGGAAUCUAGAUUAUAUAGCUUGUUAAAUCAGCAAUCUCAGUUUUACAUACUUCGAGAGUGGCUUUAUUUCCCCAGCAAAUAAAGUGCAUAGACUUUAUAAGACAUGUUUUCCUUGCUACUCAGAAUCCCAGCAGUUGAGAUUGUUAGGUAUUACUAUAUCUUAUUUAUAUUACAGUAAACCAUAUUGUCCAAGCCAUAUUAAGUUCUGAUUUUUAGAGAUCUGUACAAAGAGAAAAAUAAAUACCAUGAUAAGGAAAACAGAGUAGAGUGUUUUUUAAACCCUAGACAGGUGAUAUAAUCAACAUUUCAAAUUAUUCUGAUUUUCAAACUAUUUUUCAUUUUAAACUUUUUAAAAAAGCAGUUUAUAAAUUUUGCACAAGAUCUAGCUAGGAAGCAACUAUUACACAUAUUUGAGUAUCCUUCGUUUUAACCUUUACACUACAAGUUAUAUUCACAGCUGCUUAUUAAAAAUGAUACCAGUCAGGUAUAGUCUUAAAAUCUUCAUGCAGGCAUUUCUUUCAGAAAAGAAGAUGUAUUUAAAGCAUUUGCUUUUUGAUAUGUUUUUUAUAUGAAAUGCAGAAUACCCCUUUUUGGCUCCCAGAAGUGUCACUUAGAUGCCUAUAAUAAUUUAAUUUUAUGUGUUAAUAUUAUUUUCUAGCUUAAUAUUGCAAACAUCUUUAGUAUUUCAUUAGAAUGGUAUUUUUUCCCAACAAUGCAAAAGGAUUUUAUAUAAAACUCUGUAACACAGCAGGCACGUAAGGGUGUCUGCAGCUCAGGAUAGACUUGUGAACAUUGGUGAAUAUAAAGCAGCCCUCCAGGGGCUAGGCCCGCUCAGUGACGGGUGGAUAAGCUCCCAGGUGCUAGUUAUCCUCUGAGCUGUGAAGCCAGUGCCUGAGCUGAUGGACUGUAAUUGUGAGAGUAGGAUUAAUGUUGUUUUGCACUUCUGCUUUUUAUCAAUCCAAAAAUGAACCUUUAAAAGAAAAUUUAAGUAGAAGUUCACCAUUGUAUUCUUUCAUUACAGAUAACCAUUUGGGGAUGAAACCUGCUUUGACAGCUAGCAAGGCAACAAGGUACUGCUGUUGAAAGAUGACAGCAAUUCAGGAAAGACUUAUUAAAGCAAAUUGAACAUUAUCAAGGCCAGUUUAUAACUAGAAGAAAUAGGCUUGUUUAUUGUCUAGCCAGUAUUUAUCAUUAAAAUAAAGGGUUAUAGUAGCAAGCUUUUAGGAAAAUCACAGUGGGGCAGACAGCUUUUUAAAAGCAAUUUUUAAGUGAAUGGAUAACGUUGAAUGUUCACAGGGUCUAAGAACUACCAUAUACACAAAAUAAACACUUAUUUUUACAUGAUUGUGGUUUGGUAUGCUCUCUUUGCUCAAUAACUGUGCUUGUAAGGAAAAGCCCAAUGAAAUUUAAGUGCAGGUUUUAAAAAGGUGAUAAUUCAGGAUAUUAUAUCCUAUAUAUAAUACAUGAAACAUAACAUAAUCCAGGUGUUAACUGAGUAAUUUUGACAAAAUUUCUGUCUAAUCUUAGAACCAAGAGUGGUCUUUUUUUUUUUUUUUUUCCUGAGCCCUUCAUGUGAGUCCAGAUUGUGUAACUAUCUUUCCUCUCAUUUUUUAAAACAUUGGCCAUUUGGAGAAGUGGUUCUCACUGCCCAUCAAAAUCACCUGAAGGAUUAUUAGAAUGAACAGAAGCCCAGAUCCCCAGAUUCCAUCCCAGCUGUGCAGAAUCAGAAGCAAGCAGAGGUGAAUGAGUUGCCAGCUUGUUCCAGGUGUGGGCAUGUGUAUUAUGCAAUUCUGCCUUAGUCCAGGCCCAGCUCAGUCCCAUCCUUGUUGACUUGCUUUUGCUAAACUUAUUUCUUUCCUGUCGCAUUAUGUCCCCUUGUAAACCACCUUCAAUUUCUGGGGAGAGGAGGAAGAGGCUUAAUGACAACUGAGGGCUUAACCUACACCAUUCAUACUUAUUUUCUGUGACCUAGGUUCUUGACAUAGUCAUAUGAGGGUUUGGGGGUUUUCUGACAUUAGGUCCCAAAAAGUUUUAUAGCAGUAUUUUGCAACAGAACAUAUAAUUUUAAACCAUUAUAAUAUACACACACACAUACACAAAUGCACACACACAUAUAUAUAUAUAAC